AUGACUCGUUUUAUGGGUUGGGUUUGUAAUAGUAAAGGGUGUCUGGGUUUGGGUCACGGAUUUGGUUUAUCAUUGGAUAUGACUUUGUGUUGGCUAUCAACGAGGACAACCAUGUGUGUUGGUUGGGGUCGCAAUGAUCGGGAACAGUGUGGUAGAGGUGUGACACCGGACAGCGAUAUAGUGUAUGGUAUGGGCGCUAAUAACCUGGGUUGUCUGGGUUUGGCUGACAAACAUAAUGUCCAAACACCAGAGAUUAUACAAGAAUUAUGUGGACAACGGAUCCGAGAGUUUAUCACUGGAUAUGACUUUGUGUUGGCUAUCAAUGAGGACAACCAUGUGUUCAGUUGGGGACACAACGAGAGGGGACAGUUAGGCAGAGAUGUGACACAAUUUGGUAAAUAUUUAACACCGGAUUUUAUAUCAUAUAUGAAUGACAUUAAUAUCGCACACGUAUGUUGCGGUCAUCAACACUCCCUGGCCCUCACCACCGAUGGACAGGUGUACGGGUGGGGCAGUAAUUUCUGUGGACAACAUUUUCUGUUCGCCAUUCAACUCAUUUGCCAUUACUAUGGAGGGACAGUAAAUGAACAAGAUAGUCGUACAGAUGAGGCACCAGAUCUUUCAUCGAUAUUACGAAACGAUUCGUUUAAAAAUCAUUACAAAAGUCUAUUCUCCGAGAUGUCGAUCAUAGGUUCGGGCGGUUUUGGGACAGUAGUUAAAGUGAAGCAAAUAUUAGAUGAACACAUAUAUGCCGUCAAAAGGGUCGAGUUUCAAAAUUUUACCGACGAGUAUAAGAAAAGGAUUCUCAGAGAAGUGAAAAACUUAGCGAAAGUUCGCUCGGAAUUUGUUGUUCAGUAUUUCAAUUCGUGGGUCGAAGUGAACGUACUAUAUAUUCAGAUGGAGUUCUGUUCACAGAAUUUAAGGAAUAUUCUUAAAGUUAAAUCACAAGUAUUUGGUCGACAGUUAGGCGAACCUAUGGUUUGUGUCGAGUAUUUCAUUUCGUGUGAAAUAUUCCGUCAAAUCUUAGAAAGUGUUCAGUUUUUGCAUGAAUUGAAUCCACAGAUUAUUCACAGAGACCUCAAACCAGAAAACAUAUUAAUCGCUGAAAAUGUAAGGAACGGUAGAUUUAUUAAGUUAUGCGACUUUGGUUUGGCUACAGUUCACCACAAAGACACCCAUUACAUGACACGUGAUAAACAUUCUACAGGUGUGGGCACAAUAAAAUACCAAGCUCCUGAAAUAUCUCAGGGAAACAAAUAUGGACAUAAAGUAGACAUUUAUAGUCUGGCAAUAAUUGGUUCAGAAAUAUUUGAAUUGGAUUUAUUUUAUACCGACCCUGAUAAUUCUGAAAGCAUUUACUCCGGGAAUGAAAUGCUAAACACAAAAGCCCGACUGUUCACUAGUAUUGAACAAAUCUAA